AUGCCCUUUGUUGCACCACCCACCGAACAACACCCAGCAUUGCGAUCACCGCUGCCUGCCAAUACCUACGCCUACGCCUACGCCUUGGGCAACCAGGAUGGGAAGCGCGACUCUGGACAUGCCGGGACCACCGCAUCGGACAGUGUGAUUCACGAGGAAGAUUGCGAGGAUGAUUUUGGUCGCGACGAAACUGGGCAAAAACAACAAGAACAACUCCAUUGCUCAGACAAGACGCGGGAGCUAGGGCGCGACGGCGCCGUACCUGAAGCAGCCAAACACAUCGAAAAUAGGCCCGAGGGCCGAGCGUUGAUGGUGGAGGUGCAAACUAACAGGGCUCCGGCUGCCGGGGCUGCAUUGCCAGGAUCACCUGCAUCGACUACCGCAAACUCUCCCUCAUCACCACAGGCAGACAACGAUUCGCGGGUUUUUAAGCAGCCAACCUCCCCACGAAAGCUCAUCAAGAAGCGCAGCCUUCGCCACUCCGGGCACAAAGGCAGAAGGUCGAGCGAGUCGUCCGAGAGGGCCAAAGAAGAGGCGCCAAUGGAGUCGGAGCCGGAGCCUCUGGUGCGGGGCUCAAUGGCGACCCCAGCCUCCUCCAUGCACAAGCCAGGCCAGAACCGAGACGCCUCUCUGCAAAGUGUCCUCAUCCCGUCGGGAGGUCUUGACGGAGCUUCCAACAGCAUCUCAUCAGCUACUCCCGACUUGGAUGCCGAGUUUGCUCCUCUUGCGAUUUCAAUCCCGACCGACAACUUUCUCGAUGAUGCCUUCAUGACUGGCUUCUCUUUCUCGAAACGCGGCAGUUUAAUGUUUGGUGGCAAGCGCGCAGCUGCUGUCGACGGCGGCGGCGGCAGCGCAACCGACCCGUCACCAUCCACGACGGCCCCGGCGGACAAUCACAACAGCAACCACGCAGAAAUGACUCCUUCAUCCAUCGAUCAGACCAUGCCGGGCGACGCCAGCAACGAGCGAUCCAGCUCAAGCUUCAGCGCCGCCAUGGCGCAACCUCUCCCGGACAUUCGUAUCCUCUCCCCCGAUGUCGAAAAAGAAUCUCAAAAGGUGAGAUCUCUCUACCAAACCGGCGAUGCCAUCAACUGGGAGGAUGGCGCCAGGUUCUCCUUUUGCGAGCACUUGGAGCCCACUCCCGAGGUUCCUGCAGAGGAGGACUCCCACGACCCCGACCUCGUCCCCAUCGCGAACCUUGGGCUGGCCUCCGCCGGGCCAAGGUCUGUAAGCUCCUUUUCCCACUAUCCCGAUAACACACGACGCGAAACGGAGUUGGCGGGUGGUCUGGAAGACUGGGAAGACAUUGACGGCGCGGAUGUGGAUCGAUAUGGCUUCAUCGCACCAAAGCAACCUUCUUCAAGAGUCGGCACACCGACUGAACUCAAAUCGGCGCAAUUUUCUCCUAGAAGGCGGAACGUGCUACUCAAAAGGGACUCCAUCGGUUUCUCGUCUUCUCUUGGUGGUAGAACACCCAGCAGAAAAGUUUCGGCGCGGUCUCUCAACACAGUCCACUCGGGAGCGUCGGUCACGUCUCUGCGGUCCUCGCGGUCCGUCAUGCGCCAAGCGAGUAAUCUUUUGCCCCAAAACCGGAACCGACGAUGGAUGGACGAAGCAGGCGACAUGUUGACGGUUUCGCCGGCGCUACAAGACAGAGCGGAGGAAGCACAGGUGGAAAAGAUCUCCGAGGGACUCAAACGAAAGGAGUGGGAGCGGUCUGAAAAGUGGCGCAAGAUGGCCAAGGUUGUCAAACAAGGCCCCGAUGGCCAAGGCAUGGAAUUUGAAUUCGACGUAAAGAACCCCAAACUCAUUGAGCGAACAUGGAAAGGCAUCCCGGAUCGAUGGCGCGGUGCGGCCUGGUGGUCGUUUCUCGCCGCGGCAGCCAAGGAGCACAAUGCGCCUUCCUCUGAAUUCAUCGUAAACUCAUUUCACAACCUGCAGCAAAGGAGCUCGCCCGAUGAUGUGCAGAUCGACUUGGACGUCCCCCGAACAAUCAGCAUGCACAUCAUGUUUCGCCGGAGGUACCGAGGAGGUCAAAGGCUUCUGUUCAGAGUACUUCACGCGCUUUCGAUAUACUUUCCGGAGACGGGCUAUGUCCAAGGCAUGGCUUCACUGGCCGCCACGUUGCUGUGCUACUUUGACGAGGAAAAGUGUUUUGUGAUGCUGGUACGGAUGUGGUCGCUGCGAGGCCUGGACAGACUCUACCGUCCUGGGUUUGAGGGCCUCAUGACUGCUCUUCGUGAGUUUGACGGAACUUGGCUCCCCAAGCCUGUUGCGGAAAAACUUACGGAGCUGGACAUUGACUCUACCGCGUAUGGGACGAGGUGGUACCUGACGCUGUUCAACCUGUCUAUUCCGUUUGGCGCCCAGUUGCGUGUGUGGGACGUGUUUCUUUUGUUAGGAAAUGGCGUCGCGGAGCCUUCGCCAAGCUCAUCAGCGAGAUCGGCAGCAACAUCACCGUCAACAAUGGAGAAGAAUAGCGAGGCGCCGGCAGUGGCAAGUGGGCUCGAUAUCUUGCACGCGACCAGCGCAGCUUUGAUCCAAGCACUGAGAGAGGUGCUCUUGGACUCUGAUUUUGAAAAUGUCAUGAAGGCAUUAACAUCGUGGAUACCCAUCAAGGACGAGGACUUGUUGAUGAAGGUGGCCAAGGCGGAGUGGAAGACACACCAGGGCAAGAAGAAGACCUAG